AUGUCUCGAAUUUUUUCGCGUCGAAAUCAGAAAAAACCGAAAAAAGUAAAUCUGAACACUGUUUACACGAAAGAAUUUUUUGAUAGUGAUGAGGAUUCAUCUGAUGUGGUAGAUAACGCAGACGAAUCUAAUAAUAAAAAAAAUGAAACACAUCCUUCUGAACCAGAAUUAGAAAAUUUACAAAGAGCUUGGUUAAAUGAGAAUUUUUCGACAGAGAUUCUGCCUUAUGAUCCAGCCUUUGAAAGGUUAAAUGAGAUAUUAGAAAACCAAAAUGUCAGGGCUGAAAGUUUAACGCUUUCACAAGAAACUAGCCCAAUAGGAAUGUUAUUGUUUAUUGAUAAUGAACGUAUAAAAUAUGUAAUGAACAGAUAUAAGCGAACAAGACUAGCGAAGAUCGAAAAAUACGUGUAUUCCAUUAUUGAGAAUGCCGAAUAUAUGGCAAGAUUAUCGCUUCCAGAAAAGGAAUUUGCAGAACGAUAUAAGCGAUUAAUUGAAGAGCAUGAACACGCGUCGUUUUUACAUGUGCUUCCCAAAGAAUCAUUAGAUGUUUUGAAAGAGGCUGAAAAUGGUACAGAAACGUCUUUUGCAACAGUUGAACGCCCUGAUUUGAACCAAGCAGUAUUUUGUCGAUUUAUUAAACAUAUCGGAAGUUAUUCAUUUCCAUCAACUCCUCAAGAUACAGAUAUGUUAAGCAAAGAUGACGCGUAUUUGGUUAAAUACUCGGAUAUACGGAGACUUUUAGAAGAUAAUUCUAUCGAAUUGAUUUAA